AUGGUGGUUCCUCGUGUGUUUAACGUCAAGAAUUUCCAAACCGCCCUGCGACACUGGGUUCCCAUCACGCGGGUGCCUGUUAAGGUCAACGCCAUUGCCCAGUUCUCGUCGCGGCAAAUCUGUGUUGAUUUCUACCAACAACCAGUGAAUGCCCUGACUCCGGAGGAGUCGUCUGAGGACGUGUUUGUGCCCUCGGUGUCGCUGAACGGCGAUGUGGAAACGGCUGGCCCGUCUCACAAGCACUAA